AUGUUUGUUAGGCCUAGUUUAAUCAGUGGUCUAAGGUCUAGUUGGAAAUCCAUAAAAGAAUCCUCUUAUUUCAUAUUACAACAACAAAACAGUAAUAAUUCGAAACGAAGGCAAUUCCCAGAGUUUAGGAUCAUUACAAAAGGUUUUCCUCAUUACAAAGUUGCUGAACACGAUGAUUUAAAUCAAAUAUUGGAGUUAUUUGAUGAUGUGCUACCUGAUAUUUUAUCCGAAGUCGAAGGUAAAAAGACGUCUAAGAAGAUACUCAAACAACUAAGGGAUCGGUGUUCAAAAGAGUUUGACGAAGAUGGUGAUGGUUAUGUAACUGAUUCAUCUGUAACGCCAGAGGACGGAAAUUCAUCGGGAGAGAUUGAUGAUCAAGAUCACGACAAUUAUUCGUUGGAGGUCAACAUGGUAAGAAGUAGCAACUCUUCUUCCUCUUCAACAAAAUCUGAGAAUGCCAUGGUCGAUGAGAAAGAGAAAAAUAAGGAGACGGACCGGGAUCUGGCUAUCCAAUCACCAGAUCAGCUAGAUUUCACUGCAAAUCAAUCGGACUAUCCAGAUUCAAAUUCUGAUACCUCCGAUGCCGAAGUUGCAGUCGAUGCGAAUAAUGAUCCUGAAGGAGUUGACGGAGGUGCACAAGUGGAUGAAUGGUGGUCUUUGGGAAAUAAUUUAAUGUAUUCGAUGAUGAGUUGGUUAGAAGGUCCUUCCGUAGGAGUCAAGGUUGUUCCGGAAAAACAAACCACCUCCACUAAUCAAUCAUCAAACAAUAAGAACGUGACAAUAUUGGACAUACCAUUCCAGUUCAUAGCAUUGUUGACUUAUCCAGAAAUUGAUCCCAAAGCCACAAAGAAAGCUUCUUUUGCAGUGUUGCGGGAAAUUUCCAAUUGCGCAAUGUUGUUCCUAAUGAAAAAUUCUGGAAGAGUUAAUGUGACGAUGGCGAAGAGAGCCGUUAGACAACGAAUAGGUUGGGCAAAACAAUGGGCUGGUUCUCUAUUUCGUCAUCGUGCAAAUAGCGCACACUCCACCAAUAACACUAGUAACUUAUCUAGUAACAAUAGUAGGAAAAAUAAUAGCAACGCAUCCAACGCUCAUAUGGUAAAACCUGGGUCACUGGAUGACAUGCACAGUGGUAGCUUGAGUGAUACUACACACGGUGGUUCGGUGACUAGAAAGAUGGCACCAAAACGUGGUGGCUUUUUUCGUUAUAAAAACGGUCAAGCAUCUACAUCUUCGCAGGCAGCAAAAGAGAGUAAUUCGGAACGCUUUACGGGGACGAUCACGUCAGAACCUUCUGCGAUAUUAGACUCUACUCAGCAGGAAUCUUCAAAGAGUUCGUCGAUCUCUCCUCCAUUACCGCCUCUAACGCCAACUUCGUUAGGAGGAGUAACUAUGCAAAUGUCAUUGAGUAAUCCACCUCAAUCUGUAUCAACGACAGGGAACACACCUUACUCCAUAACGGAAAUACCACAGGCACCCACGUUAACGAAAAGACGCUUUUUCCCAAAACGAAUGCAAUCUAAUAGUUCUAAUAGUAAUCAUGUCAACAAUGUAGCUACGUCCCAACAGAAUCCAUCAAAUCCCUCCUCCUAUUCUUUUAAUGGUAGUCUUAUUAAUCACGGGUUAUCCGACAUUGUUGAGCAUAAACCAUCCCCACCAAUUCAUCUCUCAAAUGCUAUCCCAACAGGCAUUGGUAACUCUGCCCAACAAAAUGACACAGUGAAUGGUAUAUUCAACAAUAAUGAAAUUAUCAGUACUGCCAAUAGUAAUAAAAUCGUGAAUGGGACGACGAAUAAAAACAAUGGAUCGGUCAAUGCUGUCCAUUCCAUUCAGUCAUCACCCACUGCUAUAAGUUCAAAUAACAAUAGUAAUGAUAGUAAUGAUAAUACCAUUAAUGCAAAGAUCACAAAUAGAAGCUCUUUCGGAAUUUCUGAUACAGAGUUUGCUCAUUUCGAUGAUUCCAGUGAAUCAUUCACAUUGAACGAUGAGGUUAGAAUCAAAAAAUUUCCACAUACAAAAAAUUCGCGGGCAAUAAUCGGGCAUCAUAAAAAUAAUAGUGGAGGUAUUGUGAGUGUUGGUUCGGCCAAUGUUCGCGCAAUCGAACCUCCCGAUUAA